AAGGAGGAGGAGGAGGAGAGGAGCCAGAGGACAAAAGUGCGGACCGCAAUGGAGACGAGCUAACCGCAGCUCGUGGAGGACGACGGCGGCUUAGCACUGAGAGGCAUGCGGGGGGAGCACGAAGCUUCUUGAGCCCCCAAACACAUCUCGGCGAUCAUUUACAAGUACCUGAAGACCUGCUAACCUGGGGGUACAUUCUUAUAUACAGCAUUACAGCCGCAGGAGAGGACAAGGGUGAGACUAUUCCUCAGAAAGAAGUUUACGGUGCUGGGCACGGACACGGCGGUUACACGAUGCGUGUGAGCCGGACAAAGUGUCUCUCAUUGGCCGCGCUGCUAAUCCUGCUGGCCGCCUGCUGCUCCCCCAGCAGUAUCUCCCUGUCACAACAAAAGGCAAACCAGUUCCUAAGCAGACGCAGGAGAGCUAAUCAAGUGUUUGAGGAAACCAAACAAGGACACUUGGAGAGGGAGUGUGUGGAAGAGAGGUGUUCCAAGGAGGAGGCCAGAGAAGUGUUUGAAAAUGACCCCGAGACAGACUACUUUUAUCCCAAGUAUUUGAAUUGUUUGGACAAAUUUGGAGGUUCAGCAAAGAAAAAACCUGAUCUGAUCACAUGCGUCCACAACAUUCCAGACCAAUGCUCCCCUUCACCCUGUAACUCCAGAGGAACCGUGCGCUGCGAGGACAAAAAGGGUUCCUUCCUCUGUCACUGCUUCACAGGUUGGACCGGGGACUUUUGUGAGAAAGAUGUUGACGAGUGCGCCAAGAAUAAUGGAGGAUGCGACCAUGACUGCAGCAACACAAUGGGGAGUUACCAUUGCACCUGUCACCCAGGUUACAUGUUGCGAGGACACCACAUGUGCGUUGACGUAAACGAGUGCAAUGACAUUGGCGUGUGCGGAACAGCCAUCUGUGAGAAUAACCAAGGAGGCUACGAAUGUCUGUGCGAUUCUGGCUACAUGUUCGACAAUGAGAGCAAGAGCUGUGUGGAUGUGGACGAGUGUGAGAAAAGUGUCUGUGCAGAGGAGUGCCAGAACACUCUGGGGAGUUUCCGCUGUUUGUGUGACGGCCGUCAGGGCAUGAAGCUUGAACAAGAUCUUAGGAGCUGUAAGGCUAUAACUCCCUGUAUCACACCAGCUCUAAAAAGGAACUCUCGGUCUCUCUAUCUGGGCCGCAUGUUCAGUGGCUUGCCGGUGAUGAGGCUGCGCUUCCGUCGAAGGAUCAACACUGGUUUUUCCUCAGAGUUUGAUUUCCGCACCUACGACUCUGAGGGGGUGAUCUUCUUUGCCGGAGGCCACCUGAACAGCUCCUGGAUUGUGCUUGCCAUUCAUCAUGGAAAACUGGAAUUGCAGUUGAAGUAUGGUACAGUCAGCCGAGUUACCAGCAGCGGACCUGUUGUCAAUGACGGCCAGUGGAGGAAGAUUUCAGUAGAGGAGCAGGGACGGAGUCUCGUUAUUAAGAUUGACAGAGAGGCGGUCAUGAAGAUCGCUGUAAACGGUGACCUCUUCACACUGAAGAAGGACAUGCAUGAGCUCAACCUCACCGUGGGAGGAAUCCCCUUUAAGGAGGCCAGCCUCGUCAGCAAGGUUAACCCUCGUCUGGAUGGCUGUAUGAAGGAGUGGCGCUGGAUGACUGGAGAAGACAGGUCGAUGCAAGAAAGCAUCAUGACCAACGAGAACAUUCAGUGUUUCAGCACCGAGAACCCGGGAGCGUAUUACCCCGGCACAGGAUUUGCUUUCUUCAACCUCACUUAUGAGUCACAGAACCUGAGUAUCCAAUUAACCCUUUAUCCAACUACUGCUAUCGGGGUGCUUUUUGCUCUCGUUCACGAAGACACUGUGCCCCUUUCCAUUGCUCUAGCUGACUAUCACCCUGGCACUGAUGAGUGGAGAGAUUUUGUUUUGGUAACAGCAGGUGGCGUGGUCAUUGCCAGCUCACCAGCGCCGCUCUGUGAUGGUGAGAGUCAUGAAAUCGAGGUGAAGAUCUCAGGCAACCACACCCAGCUCUUUGUCGACGGAGAGCCUGGACGUAGUGAAGAUGCAGAGGUUGAUCUUCUUUCGCCGUCCAGCACCUUCAUUGGAGGCCUCCCCGAUGUUCCUCUGGUCUCCACACUGGUAUCGGCACCCUACAGUGGCUGUAUGAAGGUUGCAGUUAACGGACAAAUUUUGGACCUGGACCAGGCAAUCCACAAACACAACGACAUCCGCUCCCAUUCCUGCCCCCUGCUGGAUUCUAACCAGUGAGCCUGCACGGCGCUCUGUCAAAGAAAAUCCAGAAGCGGGGGACAUCGUUUCCAUAAUAUUUAUAAGACCAAGCCUUCAGGAGUGAGGAGACCUAUCUGAUUGAAAUGUCAUCUAAAGCUCAUGUUAUGGUCCAACUGGGGCUAAAGACACACUGUCCUUUUGUCAUGACUGUGACAAUGGUGCUUGCUGCUCAGAGGCACUAGCAAAGACUUUUGCAGAUUCAUUGGUCAAGUCAUUGGUUGGAAUUUUUCAUCUACCAUUUGACAACCAAAGGCAGGGUUAAUUACUUGUACUAGUAGUCCUGUUUUGCUUAGUUCAAUGUUAACAGCAAGUCAAAUCAUUGUUUUGUCCAACCUGCCUCAUAUUUUUACCCUCCCUCCAUCAAAUCCUUUUGUUUAUUCAAGAAAACCUUUGCACAUGGUUGCAGGUAGAUGUGGUAUGCAACAUAAAGCCUUAUGCAUGAGCUCAUCUCCACCUGCACCAAAUCUACCUGCAACCCUGAAAAAAUAUAUAUACCUUGUGCCUACUCGAGCGCUCUAAAAACAGGUUAAUUGUGUCACAGCCGCAACAUCCGAUCACUGAACGACAGAAAUGGCAAAAACAUGGACUUUGCAUCGCUGACAUUUCUGCUUGUGCACAAAGGCAUCAAAAUCUUGCUGGUUCAUUACCACAUUACUGAUAAAAUCACUAUAUAUUUCAUUUACAAAGAUUCAUCACAGAAACCCAAGAGGAGAGUGAUUCCGUAAUAGAGAAAGAGCACUGUAUCCAAAGUACCAUAAAAGCUACUGUGAGGAAAACAAGUGCGCUGUAGUAUACUGAGUGUGUAAAUAAUUUGACUGUACAAUACCUUUAAGUCACUUUACAAUAGACUCACUGAGAUUUUCUUUACAUCAAAGUUACACUUACAUUCUUCGUACAAAAUAAGAUACAGCUGUGAUUCUCCCAAAAAUAUGGGAUUAAGAGCAAUAGAAGCAUAAUCAGAAUUUGACAGGAUUAUUGUUUAAUUCUUAAUUUCGUAGGUGCUAAACAAACCAAAAUACAGUAGAAAAAAACAAAGAAUGUGAAAAUGAGGAGCAUUUUUUUUCAAAGGGCUCCAAGUGUUAUUUUAACUUCACACUGGUGUUCCAUGUCCUAUGUUCCUGUGAAUGACUGCGAGGAUACCACUUUUUUUUUUUUUUUUUUUCAAAUUUGUGCUUUUUCCCCCCCAUUUGAAUGUAUUGUAUAUUACAAUCUAGAUUUUUUUCUUUUUAGCAGCUCAGUGUACAAUGUUACAAUUAAAGUUUUAAUCUCCCAGGGUGAAAACUGUAUUUAAAUGGAAAAUAAACAAUUCUAUGACAGUCAGUGAUUAAAUUGUAUUUUCCAAACA